UUCCGGUUUGUGGAAAUAGUAAAAAAAAAAGGAAGGAAUUAUCUGUUCAUUUUAAUCAUACUGUUUUAUUACUGACAGUCACUUCUGUUGGUAGAUUGAUAGCAGCAUUGACAUUAUCUAAUCAAAAUAAAAGAAAUGGCUGUUGUUGAGUUAGACCCUUUGUUUAUAAAAGCUCACAGAUUACUUCAUUCUAAAGCAAAAGAUUCUGGAGCCCAACUGAAGAAGCUAUUAGAUGAUGUCAUUGCAGAUAAGAAACGACAAAGGAAGGAGCAGUUCGCCUAUACUCAGGGGGAUGUGACUUUUUACUAUUCCCCGCAUGGCCAACGGGCAUCAACUGGGGAGAGCAAGUCGAGCAGUAAAUCAUCAUCUUCAUCAUCCCAUAAACCAGAUCUAGAUAGACAGAAAUCACACAAAUCUGAUCAUGAUAGAGAGAAAAAGAGAGAGGCUGAAAAAAGAACCUUAGAGAAGGUGAAAAAAGAACCCAGAGAUCCUGAUGACGACGUAAUAAUAAUACCAGAAAAGAAAGCUCGUCAUUCUUCCCCACAACCUCCUAGCAAACCAAAGAAAGAUCAUCUUCAGCCAGAAGGUUUGCCGUCUUUGUCAAGACCAAAGAAGGAGUCACCACAACCUGGACGUAGCCCAUCACAUGAUGUUAGAAUAAAAGAAGAAGUAAAGGAGGAAAAACAAAAGCAUGAGAAGAAGAGUAAGGAGGAAGAUAUGGAUGCCGAUGAAUUUGCUUUUGGUUUGGGAAUUUCAUGUGUUGUCUGCAAGUCAUUUGAUGUGACUUCCAGAAAUCAGUUGGUAGAAUGUCAGGAAUGCCAUAGUUUAUAUCAUCAGGAGUGUCACAAACCUCCGGUUACAGAACAAGAUGUCAAUGAUCCUAGAUUUGUUUGGUACUGUUGUAAAUGCUCUAAAAAUAUGAAGAAAAUGGUUCAGUCAAAGACUACAAAGACCAAACAACCAAGCACAUCAUCUGAUAAAGAUUCUACAGCCUCCAGUAAUAAAACUGCUAAAUCUGAUCCAACAUCAUUGUUCAGUUUUAGACGUGUAGAUCCAAAGGUAUCAACAAGCAAAGAUCAGUCCAACAAUGCUGGUGCUAAACCUCUUUCUGGUCUGGCUAGUCUUGCUGCAAACCUUUCAGGAAAAUCAGAGCAGUCCAAGUCGUCUAGCCAGAUAGGGAAGACAGAGCAGUCCAAAUCUUCCAGCCAAUUAGGAAAGUCAGAACAAUCCAAAUCUUCUAGCCAAUCAGUGAAGUCAGAGCAAUCAAAAUCUUCGUUGGGGAAAUCGGACUCAUCAAAGUUUGGAAGUCAAUUAACAAAAUUAGAUCAGGUCAAAACUAGCCAGUCUGCAAAAUCUGAAGGAUCAAAGUCCUCUAGUCAGUCAAAAAACAUUUUCUCUAAAUUUGACCAAAUGGAAAAAGUUUCUCUUCUAAGUGGAGCUAAGUUUUCUGGGAAAGCUGAAUCUUCCAAGUCAACUGUUACUCCUAAGUUAGAUUUCAUGAAAACACUAUCCUCAAAAUUGUCACCCGACACUAUUAAAGCAAGUAUGAAACCUAGCAUACCAAAGCCAGAACAAAGUAAACCAGGAACCAGUAGUUCAAGUAAAUCUAGUAUGAUGGCAGCACCAUCUAAAUCUCAUCAACCACAAGGGGGCGCUAGUGCUGUUGUUAAUGCAGAAAAGAAACUACAAAUGAUGAAGAAAAAAGCAGCAGCUAAAUUACAGGAAAAAAGGACUUCAUUAAAAUAAUGACAAAUCAUUCAAAUUACAAUAAAUAUUAUUGUAUAACAUGUUAGCUCUGUAGAUGUAAAGAUUUGUUAUUUUCUACUGGAUAAAAGGUAUAGUGAUCUUUCAGUUUCA